AUGAGUGGUGCCCCAAGCCACCGGGAGUGCCUCCUGCCCGCCGUGGCGCGUGCCCUCUCUGCCACCCAGGUCACGCCAGCCAAGAAGAUAACCUUCUUCAAGCGGGGGGACCCCCAGUUUGCAGGGGUGCGCUUGGCGGUCCACCAGCGCACCUUCAAGACCUUCAGCGCCCUGAUGGAUGAGCUCUCUCAGCGCGUGCCGCUGGCAUUCGGGGUGCGCUCUGUCACCACACCCCGUGGCCUGCACGGCCUCAGUGCCCUGGAGCAGCUGCAGGAUGGGGGCUGCUACCUCUGCUCCGACAAGCAGCCCCCCAAGACCCCUGGCUGGCCGGGGUCGCGGGAUUCCGAAGGCCAGGGCGAGGCGCCAGGAACAACCUCUUCUUGGAAGGGCCCCAAAGCCCCGAGGAGGAUGACUCUCAUUAAGAACGGGGACCCUCGGCUCCGGCAGACAGUGGUUCUGAGUCCUAGAAACACCAGAAACCUGGCGGCCUUUCUCAGCCAGGCCUCGGCGGCCCUGCACUUUCCCGUGAAGCAGCUGUACACCGUGAGUGGGAAAAAGGUGGACUCACUGCAGUGUCUCCUGCGCUGCCCCUCGACGCUAGUGUGUGCUGGUGACGAGGCCUUCAGACCUCCAGUGAUGGAAGAUGCCAGAAGAAAUGGGACAGAAACGUUACCUGGGCUGUCUUCCAGGAGCAGAACUGGGAGCUGGGGGCCAAAGGCCAAGCAGAGCGUGAUGCACUCCCGGUCCGGGUCGGGCAGCGGCCGGCGGCUUUCCCCGCUGUCAGAGACGUCUGCUCCCCACCGGCCCCCCGCCUCUCUCCACCGUGCCCAGGGGGCCCCUGCUCCCGACAGACACCUUCGCGACACACCUGCCGCACCCGGCCCCUUGGUGGCCGGUGACGGCGUGGAAAAGAAGGUCCAUCUGAAUGAGGACGGCAGCCUGUCCGUGGAGAUGAGGGUGCGCUUCCAGCUGCUCGGCCAGGACACGCUGCUCUGGUCCCAGAGGGUGGGGAGGGCUAGCACCCUCACGGCAGCCAGCAGGGAGGACCUCAGCCUUGGGGAGGCAGACCCCCCCUGCUGCACCUGGCAGGGCCACCCUUGGGGCUUCUCAGAGCCUGGGGCAGGAGGAUCAGGGCCAUGUGAGGCGGGAUUCAAGUGCGCCUUAGGCCAUGGCCAGCAGCCGGGGCCCAGGUACGAGAUCUGGAGGAACCCCCUGUACGCCUCCCAGGGCGAGCAGCCGGCUGCUGAGAAGAGGUCUGGGCUGGCCCUGCGCGCCCGCGGCAGGCGCCGCUGGAGCCGUGGGACAGCUGGGAAGCACGGACGUGGCCAGGACAGCGCCAGCCCAGCCUCCAGUGCGGGACACUCCGAAGGCUCUGAGCAAGACACCUGCAGCAGCCCCAGGACCGUGGGGGGUGGCAUGAGCAGUGGCAGCCUGCACCCAGCCUCUGCUUCCCCAGCCAGGGGAACUGGAGAGGGCCCCCAAGGGAGCCCCAGCCCACGUUCCGAGGGAGGAAGGCUGGCUGGCGGGGGGCCACGCAGCUGCCUAAGACUGGAGACUGGAGGCACAGAUGAGGCUGAUUCUGACUCGUCAGCCAGUGCUGGGCCUCUCGAGGGGCCCAGCGAGCAGGGCGCCUGGGUGUGCAGCGGGUACUGCCCUACCCCCCCUGAGGGGCGGCCCUCUGCCAAGAAGCCCCCUUUGAGCCCAAGGAGCACCAGCAGUGGCGACCAAAGUGCUGACGACUGGGAGUCAGGUGGGGGCGGGCAGGGGGAGGAGCAACUCGAGGCGGGGCCCACGUUGCUCCCAGGCCCUGGGUUGGCGGCCGCGGCAGGGAGAAGGGUCAGGAGUAGCCUGAGCCCCAGUGCUGGGCCCAGGACGGCAUUAGAGGGGAAGGCGGCCAGCGCAGGGCAAGGCCUUGAGGGGCUGGAGGACGACGGCAGCGUGACACCCAGCGCCCUGCCCCACGCCUCGCCAGAUGCCAUGGUCCGCGAGUGGCUGGGCAACAUCCCGGAAGAGCCCGUGCUCAUGAGAUACGAGAUGGAUGAGCCCACCGGGGCAGCCAGGGAUGGCCCAGGAGGCCCCGAGGAGGCCCCUGCUGAUGACCGCCCUCCAGAAAGCCUGGGGGAGCUGGCGCAAGGCGGACAGCUGCACCUGGAAGGGGAUGCAGGGGAGCACCCAGAGCCAGAGGGAGCCCUCCCAGACCCAAGACAGGCUCCACCCCUGGGCCAUGCUGCAGCUCCAGCUGGAGUGCCUGACUCCCCCGUGGGGGCUGGAGCCAAGGAAGGGGCUGCUGGCGCCCAGGGCAGGGCACCGUGUGCGCUUCCUGGCAGGGUCUCUGCCUCCACACAGAUCAUGAAGGCACUGCUGGGCGCCAAGCAGAGCCGGCCCAGCAGCCUCCCUGAACUGUCUGACGUGGUGGCCAAGAGGUUGAGCCACUCAGCAGGGGCCCUUGUCGCCUGCCUCGCCAGGCUCCACUUCUUUGAUGAAGACCCUGGGUCCCCUGCAGACAAGGUGAGGUUCAUAGACUCCCCUCGGUACCGGGAGCUCCUGAGCAUCUCCCAGGCCCUGUGGCCAGGGUGCAGCCCUGGGCGGGACCAGCUGGACCCCAGCCUCGGGGAGCUGGCUCCACACAAGGCUUUGCUAGUGAUGGAGGACUUCACACCCACGUCCUCGUCUGGCGUGGACGUCAGCAGUGGCUCUGGAGGCUCAGGGGACGGCAGCGUGCCCUGUGCCCUGGACGGCACCCUGGUGCCAGAGAAGACGGAGCCGCCCCUGGAAAUCUCCUUCCAGGAGCCUGACUCCAGCAUCUCGGAGCACCCAGAGGGUCUGGGAAACCUGCGGCUGGGUUGUCCCACAGCCUCCACCAGCUCCCAAACCUGGGCCUGUGCCACCAGCAAGCCGGAGGCAGCGGAGGGAGGCGGUGGAGAGCAGCCGUUGGACAAUGCAUCUGAACACGAAGUUGAAAAGGUGGUGCGAGGAGAUGGGGGCCAGGUAGAGGAAAUAGAAGGAACGAGAAGAGAAGAACCACAGGAGGGCACCCAGGAGGGAGGGCUUCCAGGGGAGGCUCCCAGCCGCGGGCCUGGGGUGUCAGCGGCCAGUGCUGCAGACGGGGACCUCUGCACCCAGGCAGACCAGAGAGAGCACGAAGAGGAAGCAGCAAGACUCCCUGUCUCUGCAGGGCUAUGCCCCCCGGAUGGGAGUGAGAACCCUCGGGAAACCCCUUGUCCUCCCAGUGAGGGUGCUUCCAAUGCCAGUGACAGCCAAGGGGGCCCCAGGUCAGAGCCUGGUGUGGGAGAGCCGUCCGCAGCAGCCGGCGGGGAACGGGCGCAAGCCCAGGCCUGGUGGAGGCAGAGUGCGGGAGAGGCGGGCAGGUGCACUGCCUGCAGGGCGUGUCUGGACCCCGACCCCGUCUGGGUGUCCAAGCUGCUAAAGAAGCUGCAGGCGUCCUUCCUGGCCCACUUGGCUGAUGCCACAGCCCAGCUCCGGGCCCGCUGGAACCUGCAGGACCACAGGCUGCUGGACCAGAUGGUGGCCGAGCUGGAGCAGGAUGUGAGCGAGCGGCUCCAAGCCAGCACCGACAAAGAGCUCCAGAAGAUCCAAAGCCGGGCCGGGAGGAAGGCCCUGGGGCCUCCCCGGGAAGCCCUCAGGGGCCAGGCGUCCCUGCAGACUGAGCAGCGCCGGCGCCGCCUCCACGGCCUGCGCAACCUCUCAGCCUUCCCUGAGCGGACCUGUGGCCGGGGGCUCUUCUCCUGCAGCCUGGAGGAUGCCAGCUCCGCGCCCGGGGAGGAGUUCUGUCCCUGUGAGGCCUGCGUGAGGAAGAAAGGGACCCGCAAGUCCCCAAAGGACACCCCGGCGGCCACCGGUGCACCCAUCAAAAAGGCCUUCGACCUGCAGCAGAUUCUGCAGAAGAAAAAGGAAGGGUGUCCCGAGGGGGAGGCCACCGAGGGGAGAGGGGUGACGCCAGGUCAGGGGGACCCCGCCAUGGCUGGGGAUACCCCGGCAGCCAGUGGAGGGCAGGGGCUGGGAUUGGGCCCUGGGUCUGGGGCAGAUGAGGGGGACGAGGGUGAGGGGAACCAGGCGCUCAGCAGGGACAAGGAUCCCCCAGGCGGGGAGGCAGAGGGCACUGGUGACCUGGAGAGUGGAGACAGUGUUGCUCCGGGCCAGGCUGAGCAGGGAGUGCAGGAAGGACCCGGGCAGGAGGACUCUGGGGAUGGGCAGGACUGGGAGGCUGUGGCCUCUGGAGGAGGUGACCUGAAUCCAGGAGAACAGGGUGAUGGCGCCAAAGCUGCAGAGGUCCAGGAAGCUGGAGAAGAGGGUUGGCCAGGCUCAGACGGCAGAAACGGAGCAGAGAUGGAAGGCAGCCCCUCGGGGCACCCAGGAGAGGACCAAAUAGGGGAGGCUUCUGAAACCAGCACCCCAGCCCAAGAGAGCAGGUCCGCAUCACCUUCUGCCCCCCAAGGAGACAGCCCCAGUCAAAGGCUGGGCCCCCCGACACCUCCCCCUGCCCGCGCCUCCUGCAGCCCAUCUUCUGCGGCUGUCUCCUCCCAGGAAGACCCAGCUGCGGAAUGCCCAGACGGGGACAGAAGGGGCAGUGAUGCCGAGCCUCAGGGACUCCCAUGCCCAGACAGAAAAGUCCCCCGGAUGUAUCCUGGAAGCUCCACUUCUGAGCAGGACGGGCCCCCUUCGUGCCCAGGGACCCCAGAGCAGGGCUCAGGUGGCAGCCGUGACUUACAAGACGAGAAGGUCGCCGGAGGCCUCACCAGCACCCAGGUGGGAGGCAGGGCAGACGGCUUUGGUGGAGACGACUUCGAUUUCUAG